AUGACUUUCUCCGUCCUGCCCGGUCUGCGCCUUCAAGGCCGCUUCCUCUCUAUCGGUAUCACCGUUGCCUGCGGCCUUGCAUUCAUGUUGUUUGGGUACGACCAAGGUGUUUUCAGCGGUAUACUGUCCAACCCAUCGUUUCAGGAACAGUUCGAUCAUCCAGAUGCUACAGUUGAAGGACAGAUUGUUUCUUCGUAUGUGCUUGGAUGCGUGAUUGGGGCCUUCAUGUCCAUGUUUCUUGGUGAUCGCCUUGGCAGACGGAAAUCAAUCGGCCUUGCCUGUGCUUUACUCACAGUCGGUGGUGUUCUCCAAGCAACCGCCUUUACGCUCCUCCAUAUGAUUGUCGGCCGCAUUGUGUCCGGCAUCGGAGUUGGUAUGAAUACUACUACUGUUCCAAUCUGGCAGAGCGAGACCUGCGAUCCAAAGCACCGUGGGAUCCUGAUGUCAAUCCAACUUACCCUCCUUGUCUUUGGCUUCGUGGUUGCCAACUGGGUAAACUUCGCCUUUACGUAUAUCCCUGAUCAGCCGGUCGCUUGGAGGUUCCCACUGGCGUUCCAAUCAGUGCUGUCAGUUCUUACGCUUGCAAUUGUGCCAUUCAUGGUUGAAUCUCCUCGCUGGCUUUGCUUGCGUGGGCGUGACGAUGAAGCGCGGGAUGUGCUGGCUCGCCUUGCAGUGAAGCCCUCAAUGGACGACGUCUUGCAAGAGCUCCGAACAAUCCAAGAGAUCAUAAGUCACGAGAACGAAUCUCAAAUCUCCGGAUGGCGACACAUUUUCACCAAUGCUCCACAACAGAACUUUCGUCGAAUCGCGCUAGGAGCGGGCGCAAAUUUCAUGCAACAGUUAGGGGGCAUCAACGUGGUCGCGUACUAUCUGCCGGUUGUCCUCAAACGGUCUUUCGGAUUCAGCGACCGUAUGUCCUUAAUAUUGUCGGCCGUGGACUCCAUGCAAUGGAUGUUCUGGGCGGGGAUGGCAUCGUUUGUGAUUGACAAGGUCGGGCGCCGACGACUACUGAUCUUUGGCUCAGCGGGCCAAUCUCUCUGUUUUGCUAUGGCGGCCCUGGGACUGGGAAUUGACACAAAGGCUCUUAACGGUGUUGCAGUCGCCUUUAUCUUCCUCUACUAUUUUUUCUUCGGGUUGUCUUUUCUUGUCAUCCCUUUCAUGUACCCUUCCGAGAUUAACUCGCAUCACACACGGAAUCUGGGAAGCGCUAUUGCCAUGGUUACGAAUUGGCUGGGUGUCUAUGUGAUUGUCUCUGUGACUCCAACAGCCAUUGAAAACAUUGGAUGGAAAUAUUACCUCGUCUUCGCCAUCACGAACUUUGCCUUUUGCCCCAUAUGCUGGCUUUUUUACGUGGAGACCUCGGGCCUGUCUCUGGAAGAAGUCGAUAGGCUCUUCGAGAUCAAAUACCACGGUGGCAGGAACAUGACCUACAGGGACGCCGCUCGGAAGGCCAAAGAGGUUAUACACGUGGAAAAUGUGGACAGUGUGCACGGUGCGAAGAAGGUGGAUGCUGGAGAGAUUUGA